GGCGAACCUUUUUUCUUUUCUUCAUUUUUGCUCUCUUCUUCUCCUUCCACUGGCAGCAGCCAACCCCUUGCUCUAAAUCCUCUCUCCAUUACUUAGUCCCCGGUACCGUCACCCUUGUUGGCCUAAGCCUUUCCGGCAGCGGCUCCCUCUUUCUUUCCCUUUACUCUUUUCUUCUCCUCCCUUUCCUUCUGCUGCCAGUUUUCUCCCUCUCCAAAAAAGCCUAGCCACCGUUCUCCUCCUGCAAUUUGGGUUUUCUUUUAUAAGUCCUGCCACAAAUUUAAAACCCUGGACACCCUUGAAGAGCAUUCUUCAUUGUUUUUGUUUGACUCACUCAGUGAUAAUUUGUUUUUUCUGAUCACACUGUAAGCUGCCACGUGAUAAAAUAAAAAAGUGAAACGUGGCAAAUCGAGGAAGCCACUUUUACUUAUGUUGUAGAUAAUCCCUUAGCUCUGGUCCUCCGUCUGAUCAAAUCCAUUUCGUUUCUUGACUCAGUGAGUCAAAUUGCCAUUCCUCGACUUUUUAAUUUAGAAUUAAAAAUAAUGUUUUGAAUUUACGACUCCCUGGACUCUAGCUAUUGCCUAUCUUAAUUUCUUUCCUUAUUAAAGAAAGUGGGAAACAAAGUCCCGGGAGAUUCAAGUAUUUUCCUUUCAUUUGAUGCAUGCUAAAAUGGCAUAAAAGUAUUUUCGUUUUGAUUCAGUUGGAUACAAGUUUGAAAUGGAUGAGUUGUUGCAGAACCAUUUGUUUGCAACUCAUGCAAUUGCCGCUUCAGGUUCUGUGGUAUUCGCCACUGCCCUUACUUACCCUCUUGACACAAUCAAAUCACUUAUUCAGGUUGGUUCAAGUUCCAGUAAGCAAUUGACUGCCUCUCAGGUUAUAAAUCGAGUUCGAGCUUUGUCAGGAAUUUCAGGUUUGUAUACUGGCUUUGAGUGGUUGGCCUGGGGGAAAACUUUUGGUUUGGGAGCUCGCUUUGGAAUGUAUGAAGUUUUGACAGCCUUCUAUAAAGAUGGUCGAGAAGACAAUUAUGUGUACAUCUCCGAGGCCCUGAUGGCAGGGAUGGCAGCUGGUGCUGUGGAGUCACUGACAAGCUCCCCUUUUGAACUUAUUAAACUUCGUGCACAAGUGACCUCUGCUUCUCACUUUUCAAGAUCGACUCUAGUAACAGAAAAUAAAGCUGUUGUGCCAGCAAUUGCCCGAUUACUGUGUGGAUAUACUCUAGACAUGAGGACAUUGAACCAUUCGGUAGGAAUGUUGUCCAUUUUAAACAGCAAACAUCCUAAUAUGGUCAGUGCCAUACAAGAGUACCCUUGGAUGAUGACUGGGUCUGGGAGGCCACCACCAGUUUAUGAUGUUCGGAGGCCAUCCCAAAUCAUUUCUUUGGAAGGAUGGGGUGCAUUAUGGAGAGGCCUUCGUUCUGGAGUUGCUCGAGACUCUAUAUUUGGUGGCAUAUUCUUCUCUACUUGGCAAUUUUUGCACCGAGCAAUGCUAGACUGGAAGGCAGUUGGGAUGGAUCCCCCACCCAGGUAUGAUGAAGAUAUUGGUCCACUCUCCCCUUUAGCUGUUAGUCUUGCAGCAGGGUUUUCAGGAUCAGUUGCUGCUGCUGUAUCUCACAGUUUUGACACUGCCAAAAGUCGAUCACAAUGUGUAGUGUUGCCCAAGUUCAUUUCAAUGGAGAGAAAGCUUCUCAAGUGGAAAAUACCAGGGAAAAGAUUUGAGAGAAUUACAGGGAUUCACCCUGCUGACAGAACUCUUUUAUAUCGUGGUAUUUGGCCGCGGAUGGCUCGUAGUGGGAUAGCAUCAUUCGUGUUAGUGGGAAGUUAUUAUUUGUCCAUUAAUUAUCUUGUUUCAAGUAAUUGA